AUGACCGACACGCUCUUGGACAGCUAUAGCCUCGCCGCCGGCGCCUCGGCAGCAUGCACGCGGGCGGUGCUGCAAGACGCGACGGCGACGUACCUUAAGGCGCAGGCCGCGGGGCAGCCGUCGCUGCUGGCCGGCACGCUGGCCAGCAACACCAGCUACGCCGAGAACGACACGCCCGUAUCCAUCGCCGCUGGCGUCCUGGCCCAGGCCCUGACGAUCGACUUCAGCCGCAGCAUCUACGACACGACCGAGUGCGCGUCCUUCACCGAGAUCACUUCCGCGACGUCGCCGCACCCGUACAUCAUCCACACGCGGCUGCUGUUCAGCGCCGCCACACCGCUCGUCAUCACGGCCAUCGAGUCCGUAGUCACGGACGCCGGCGACUGGGCGUUCAACGCCACUGCGGGGCUGAGCUGGACGCGGCAGGAAACAUGGGACGAGAUCCCGACGGCGCAGCGCGAUACUCGGGCCGUGAUCCAGGCGGCGGCCGACGCGUACCUCGACCAGUGGGGGAACCCGGAUCUGCCAGUGCCGCUAGGCACGCCGUGCGCGCGACUCGAGGGCGGGAGCUACUACUCGGGCGCGAAGGACCAGGCCGCCAACACUUGCGCCAUGGGCGCCUUCCCCGUCCCGCUCGCUGUCGGCCACCGACGCUAUGUUGUUGACGAGGAGCUCGGCGCUGUCGACGUCUUCAACGGCUUCCCCUGGCUCGAGUCGACGCGCGCGGCUAACUUCUCGACGCCCAGCAGCAACUUUGUCAGGGUCGUGCAGGGCAAGAUUCGGUAUAUCCAUGAGGCUACCGUGUGCCAGACUCCGAACUGCGGGAGGUGA